CGACAAUAUGCGGCACGAAAAUGCAAUUUCAGGCAUGUUUUGUGAGCAUCUUGAAGGUAUCGGCCAGGCCAAUGACUCAAGUUUACCCAAUUAUCUCUUAUACAGACUGGCCAUCUUAUUUCUUGUAUUUGAACACUACUAUGCUUAUCCAUUCUUGUAAUCACCAUCCAAUGCUAAGUUUCCAUACUAGAUAUUUCCAAUAACAAUGAGAUGGCUCCUAUUAUUUAUAAGUAACAAGGUCCUGCAGACAACUUCUCCCCUUUCGUUCUUUCUGAACUUUGAGAUCUUUCUCCUCAUCUCCUCCUGAGCCAGCCCUCCCCCUCAACCUCGCACGCACAACAAAGUAUACAUAGGCUGCGUGCGUUCGUGGCCAUACACAAACAAUAAUUUUGUAUCCUAAGAUCUUUUAGAGGCAGGAAAUGAUUGUUUGUAUUAGAGGAGAAGAAGGUGAGAGUGACACAACAACACGAAGGAUUUCCACUGCAAACAAUACUUUGGCCGAGGUGUUUGUACCACAGGGAUCACCCAACUCAGUCAACAUGGUUAAGCACGUGGUGAUAGUAAUGGAUGCACUCAAGGGGUUCUCCCGAGAGCCACUCCAGUGGGCACUUGAUCAUGUCAUUCGAACUCGCUGCAGCCUCACCCUCCUUGGUGUGAUGCCGUGGCUCCCACUCCCUUUGUCUUGCAAGACAAUGUUAGAUGUCUGGACAUCUGAUAUUGAGGAUUUAUCAGCACUGAAAAGCAGAAGUGACUGGAAGAAUGAAUACAAGUAUCAGAAGUUUCGGGGGAUAAUAGAACUCUGCGAGCAAAAAGGGGUGUUUCCUUGCAUUAAAGUGGCAAUGGGGCAUCCUUUGAGGCUAGUCGUUCUUGAGCAGACCACAAAUCUUCAUGCUACCUUUGUAGUUCUUGAUAGGCAUCUGAGAAAGAACAAAGCAUUCUUUGCGGAGAGAUUGCCGAGCAGUGUGGUGAUAAUGAAGAGUGAUGGAGAAGUUGACAUGCUCAGAGUCCAAUCAAACAUCAAUCAUUCUGAUCUUACGCCUCAAGAAUCUCCGAUAACUGUAAUACCAACUCCUGAGGUUAUCCUUUCUGAAGCUUUGUCGUCUAAGAUGAAAAUCCCUAAACCAGGCUAAGAAGGUUGCAAGUAUGAGGAUGACGGCGAAUCUUUUUCUGAAAGCGGAUGCACAUAAUUUUUUAUAUUUACUUGCUAGUUGUGUGGAUGAAAAAGUCUUGUUCUAUUUACUGCUCCAUCAAUUGCCUAAUAAGAAGAAAAGAAUACCAAUUUCUGAAUUGGUUGUUUUACUUGGGCAUACUAUUGUGUUUACAUCAAGUGUAAAGAUGUUACAGUGAACUUCUAACAUCACAAGAAAAUUUUUAGAUGCCAUACGCCUUGAUUUAAUUUAGGGUUGAGUGAGCUCUGAUUAGAGUUG